AUGGAGACCCUCAAAGCAGUCUUUUUCGGGCCGGAUCCUCAAACACAGAUGAGGAAAUGUAAUCAGCUUAUCCGCGCCAAUACCCGACAGUUGGAUCGUGACAUCGCACAACUGAAGACUCUGGAAAGCAAGACACGACAGUACAUCAUGAAUUCAUCGAAGCGGGCCCAGCGCAAUCCCUCCCAGGCCAAGCAGGCCAACACGGAGGCUAAGACAUUUGCGCGAGAGCUCGUUCGCAUUCGCAAGCAGUCCACCCGUUUACACACCAGUCGCGCCCAACUGCAGAGCGUUCAGAUGCAGGUCAACGAGGCCUUUUCAGUUCGGAAGAUUCAAGGCAGCUUGAAGAAGUCGACGGGCAUCAUGAAGGAUGUCAAUACAUUGGUCCGGAUGCCCGAGCUGAAUGCCACGAUGCGUCAGCUGUCGACGGAACUGGUGCGGGCCGGAAUCAUCGAGGAGAUGGUCGAUGACGCCAUCCCGAACAACGAAUUGCUGGAGGAAGAGGAAGAUGAAGCAGAGGAGGAGGUCGACAAGGUCCUGCAGGAGAUCCUGCACGGCAAGCUGUCUCAGGUCGAAGGAGUUCAGCCCGAGAAGCCAUUGGAAGAGGCUCCAGAACCGGAGGACGAGUUCGCGGAUCAAGAAGCGACACUCGAGCAGAUGCGGGGACGCCUCGAAGCCUUGAAGAGCUGA